AUGCAAUUCACCACCUUCCUUUCUCUGGCCGUCGCGGCCAUUGUCCCCGCUCUGGCUGCGGACAACGCUGCUCAGGAGAACAUCGAGGCCUCCGUCUACCCCCUCGACUACUUCCACGGCCCCCCUACCUUCAACGACGGUGAUGCUUCUUGCUUCACUUCCGUCACCGGCGAAAUUCACUCCGUCAGGCAGGUUCCUGGCAUUACCUGCCACAUCUACUUUGACCACAACUGCGGCGGCGACAACCUUCCCGUCACCGUUGACAUCCCUGAUGUCGUUCACGCUCACCACAACCCCGCUCUCAGCGCUCGCUGCUACCGAUAG